GCGGCACCGGCAGUCUGCUUGAUGGUGACUGGACAGUCAGAGGUACAUCAGCGGAGCAUAUCUCAUACGAGCCGGUUUUCUCGCCGGCGAGCUGUCGGCGCUAAAUGAAGGGUGGAAGCGUGUGAUUUUUACAGGCUGACAGCUGGGAGUUUAUCCUGAGUGUGGGCCGCUAAUGUUUGGACGGUAAAACCUGAUGAAGUUCACCAGAGAUCUCUGCCGGUUGCUGGGCUUAGGAGGCGGUGGGCCUGGAGAGGAGCAGAUGGAGGCUCAGAAUGGAUCCUGUGAUCCAUCAGUGAGGGGAAGAGAUCAAAAUUCAUCACAGACCAUGCUGAACAAUGAAGAAGGUUUGGAUGAUGAGGAGAAAAUAAGGAGGAGAGCUGAAAGGAGGCGAGCCAAGAAGAAACCGUCAUAUCCAUGCUCUCAAUUUCAGAGGCAGAAAGAACGGAAGAAACUAGAGCGAAAGGAGAGGAUGGAGGACACUUCAGAGCAGGAAGAAGAAGCAGCUGGAGUGUUGUCAGAUAGUGACAGCGAAGAGGAGAUGAGAGGGGAAGAGCAGUGGACUGCGGUUCAUCCCAGAGCCAAAUGCAGCCCUGAAUCAGUGAGUACCCUUGUGAUGACGGAGAGCAAGAGGAACCGCCAGCUGUCCCACAGGAUGUCAGACGAGGAGCCAGAGUGGGAUAUCAGCAGUGCGUUUGUGGCCAAUGCUGCAAACAACAUUAAACUGAAAGGCCUGAUGAACAGAGCAAUGCAGAUCUCCAGAGAGAACAAGGAGAAUGAGGCCGGGAGCAGCCAGGAGGAGAACACAGAAGAAAUGAGGAGGAUGGGGGAGUCCCUGACAUUGCAGGGCAUUGAGAUGUUCGAGAAAGCCCAGUACAGGAAGGCGGUGGACAUGUUUACAGAAGCCAUCUUCUGUGACCCCAAGGAUCACAGGUUAUAUGGAAAUCGGUCUUACUGUUACUGGUUUCUGGAGCAGUUUUCCUCAGCCCUGGCCGAUGCUCGAAGGUCCAUCUGUCUGGCUCCUGAUUGGCCAAAGGGAUACUUUCGCAAGGGGUGUGCUCUGGUGGGGUUAAAGCGGUACGGUGAGGCGGAGAAGGCCCUGGAGCAGGUGCUGAAGUUGGAUCAGAAUUGUAAGGAAGCUUCCAAAAAACUCUUCAACUGCCGGGUCCUUCAGCUCAUGGAGAUGGGUUUGGAUGAGGAGCAGAGUAAACAGCUUCUUGAGAAGUUCACCACUGUGCAGGCAGCCGUCAACUCGUCUGACGCCAAAACUCUGAAGCUUUUUUCUCAGCAGGACAGCAGUGGAAACUGUCGCUCUCUGUGGGUUGGCAACAUUACACAGGAAGUUACAGAGAAGGACCUCUGUGAUCUCUUCAAAAUCAACAACUUUGGUGAGAUCGAAAGCAUCAAAGUUCUUCAUGAACGCUUCUGUGCCUUUGUCAACUUCAAGAACGGCAACGUGGCAGCCAAAGCCCUGGAGAAGCUGCAGGGGGUGGAAUUUGGGGGCAACAAGCUGGUGAUGAGGUAUCCAGAUCGUUGGAUGCAGAGGACCAUGCCCUCUGUGCAAAGAAACAACACCAGCUUCAGCUCCAACACUGCAGGAAGUCAGUCAAGUUCAGCUGCCAUCAGGUCUCGAUGGAGGACACCUUUAAAUGGAGACGAGUGCUUCUACUGGCGGACCACAGGCUGUUUCUAUGGCGACAAGUGCCGCUUCAAACACAUACCAGACCAGCAAGGUCGAGACAAGAGGCCUUGACAGCCAUGAGGUCUCUCAUCGUUCCAUCUCCUGCAUGCAAGGCACAUUAAGGAAGGAGAAGGAGGAGGAACAAGAAGAGCAGCGAUCAGAGGAGGACCCUGAGAACACUGACAGCUGAAUGUGUGUGAAGGAGGUUCAGACACGGUUCAUGUGUGCAGCAUCACGUGGAUUUUAGAUUUUAACACCUGCAGGAGCUCCUGGACAUACGUCAGAAAGAUUUAUGGUCCAAAUGUUUGGUUGAACCAUGACGCUGGGACAGAUUUUAAAAUUAAGUUAUUUUCAUAUCAGUAAAAUACAAAUUGCAUAUAAAAUGUAUAAAU